AUGACGAUGACAAUCGAGAAAAAACGUUGUGCUCUGUCGCUUUUUGUACACGGCUUCGGACGCGGCAUUACGCCCGGCACGUCGAGCGGACGCACGCGAACACCGCGCGCCGCCGACAAAAUCGUGCGAGGGUCGUGUCGUAGUCGUGUACCCCGCUUUGCGUCGCGAACGGACGGAAAGGGCGCGCGCGCGCACCUUAACGCGCGCACGCGGGCGCACGGACCGGCCGCUCGCGCGUCGUAAUCGCGCGCGCCGAGACCGAGCCGGGGACGCGCGCGGAUCGUGCGAAGGGAAUUAAUUUUCUCGAGGGUCGAGAAAAAAAAAGAAUCGAAUCGAAGCCGCCUCUUCUCUCCUCUGAAGAUGACGGUCGCGGUGAGCCCAGAGCCGAACGGCGCGGCGACGCCGUACGACGACGUGAAGAGUAAGACGCUCGGGGCGGUCACGACGCCGAUGACGCCCGCGCCGGUGAAGAUCGUCGUCGACGAGAAGGAUGCGGCGGCGAAAGGCGCCGGCGGCGACGACGACGACGCGAACGUCGUCGGCGACGACGACGACGCGCGAAAGUCCCCCGACCACGCCGUGCAGACCCCGGAGGCGGAGUGGGCGGAGCAGGCUGUGAUCUCGCGCGUGAAGACGCCGCCGAACGAGGCGGAGGCGCUGACGCCGAACACCGGGAACUCGCCGCCGAGGGACCGGUCGUCGUCGAGGGAAAACUUUGAAUCGAGCUACGGCGCGGACGUCCAAGUCGUGGAGGCGCGCGUGGCGCCCGCGGAGACGGCGGCGGCGGC